CACAGCACAAGUGGUGGACUGCUCGCAUCAUUAAUGACUUUUCUGAGCAGCAUUCUGUAACCUCUCAACAUGGGAUUUUGCAGCGUUGCAGGACUUGGACUGUGCAUGGUGCUUGCAUUAUUUUACACUGUUCAGUGUACAACUACAAGGUAUUUCACCUAUGAAGAGGAUGCACCCGGGACGGAGAUAGGGAAUUUGUCCCGAGAUUUAAAGAUUGAUCCAACUGAUGAUCCGGACACCUCGUUCCGCUUCAUGCAGGAAAACAACUCUUCUGUGAUUCAAAUGAGGGAGAAUGACGGACUUCUGAGUGUUGCAGAGAUAAUUGACCGAGAGCAGCUCUGCCCCAGGUCUCCGCGUUGCUUCAUCACCUUCGACAUCGUGGCCCUCUCUAAAGAAAAGUUUCAGCUCAUCCAUGUGGAGAUCGAGGUAAAAGACAUCAACGACCACUCUCCUCACUUCCCGCGCAACGAGACGAGCCUGGAGAUAGUGGAAAAUGUUCCCUUGGACUCAAGAUUCCCACUGCAGAUUGCUCUCGACCAGGAUGUGGGCGAAAAUUACAUUCAGAGCUACAACAUUUCCGCCUCCAGUCAUUUUGCCAUUGAAGUGCGCGAUCGGGAGGAUGGAGUGAAGUUUGCUGAGCUGGUGCUGGUGAGGGAGCUCGACAGGGAGGUGGAGGACUCCUACACGAUCGAAGUCACUGCAACUGACGGCGGUGUGCAUGCAAAGUCCGGGUCGAUGAUUGUAAACAUCAAAGUGCUGGAUUUUAACGACAACAGUCCGACGUUUGAACACAGCUCGCUGAAAGUUGAGCUGAAUGAAGACUCCCCGGUUGGUCACCGAGUUCUCAAAGUGCACGCCUUUGACCCGGACGACGGAGUUAACGGCGAAGUAACGUACGCGUUUGCUGAGGGGUUAUCGCCAGAUGUUGGCCGCCUUUUCCACAUCGAUCCUUACUCUGGGGACGUUUCCUUGAAAGCGCCGGUUGAUUUUGAGAAAAGGAGGUCAUACGAGCUGAACAUCAAAGCCUUCGAUAUGGGUGCCAACUCUGUUCCGUCUAGUUGCAAAGUUGUGAUCGACGUCGUGGACGUGAAUGACAAUGCACCUGAAAUCAGCAUCAAACCGAUGACUUCCAGCAGCGAUGGGGUCGCGUACAUCACAGAAGCUGCAGCUGCAGAAAGUUUUGUGGCUCUGAUCAGCACCACGGACAGAGACUCGGGCUCCAACGGGUACGUGCGCACCAGCCUGCUCGGGCACGAGCAUUUCACUCUCCAGCAGGCCUAUGGGGACUCUUUCAUGAUUGUAACCAGCACUACUUUAGACAGAGAGAAGAUCCCAGAGUAUAACCUGACCGUGGUUGCGGAGGACCUCGGAAACCCACCCUUCAAAACAGUCAGACAGUAUACCAUCCGUGUCACAGAUGAGAAUGACAACCCUCCUCUCUUCAGCAAGUCACUUUAUGAAGUUUCAGUCCUUGAGAAUAAUAUUCCAGGUUCAUAUAUAACCACUGUUGUUGCUCGAGAUCCUGAUGUGGGGAAGAAUGCCAAAGUCUCUUACAAAGUCAUAGAUUCAGAGGUGCCAGGAGGAUCUCCGGUGUCCACUUAUGUUUCUGUGGACUCACACUCAGGGUCUUUGUACACUCUGAGGUCUUUUGAUCACGAGACCCUUCAGGAGAUUGAGUUGGUCAUCCAAGCUGAAGACAGAGGUUCCCCCUCUCUUUCAAGCAGUUCAACAAUCAGGAUUAGGAUUGUGGAUCAGAACGACAAUUAUCCAUACUUCACCUUCCCUGUCCUUCUGAAUGACUCCGCUGAUAUCCCUCUGCCUUUCAAUGCACCUGCUGGCUAUCUUGCCCUUCGCGUCUCAGCUGAAGACGAGGACGAGGGAGUGAACGGCGAGCUCUUCUACCAAAUUGUACAAGGUGACACAAAGCUAUUCACAAUGAACAAAGACACGGGAGAGAUUGCUUUAAAACAAUGGCUGACAGCUGAAAUUGGCGAUGUGCUGGAAAUGAAAAUCGCCGUGAGUGACAAUGGCAGGUCCCCUCUCUCUAGCACUGCCACUAUUAGGUUUGUCAUCUCUGAUACAGAGCCCUCUGAAGACCAAGUCGUCAUUGUGUUGCGGUCAAGUGAUGAAGACGCCCUCAGCUUGGAUGGCUCACUAAUUGUCAUUAUUAUGCUCGGCGGGGGUUGUGGGUUGUUGUUGAUUGCAAUAGUGGUGGUUGUUGUCACAUGCAAACUCAGUCGUGGUGGCAGAAACCGUGGCUCCAAGAGAGAAGUGUGUCACAGCCUGUUUGAUGGCAGGCCCAUGCCCAUCCUCGGCUCAGCAGAGCCAAACAUAUACACCGGCCAGCAAAGCUUCUUCCACGAGAGAACCUCUUCCUCUCUGGAUGAUUCCUGCCUGUAUGAAGAGAGAAGUGGGGACUCGGAGGCAAAGAUGUUCCUGCCCUCCAAGCAUUUCCAAGCAACAUCUGUGUGGCAAGGUGACAAAUACUGCUUGCAAGUGAGUGGCAUUGGCAACACUGACCAGCUGAGCGUGAAGGACAGCGGCAAAGGGGACAGUGACUUUAACGACAGUGACUCUGAUAUCAGUGGCGACGGAGGCAAGAAGAACUUCAUUACCUUUCAGCCGAGGCUCAAAAGUUCAUCCAGCGCUGCUAAGAACUUCACUGGGGACUGUCAAAGCUCUUACUGUGCAGUACCACCACAGGGCUUCAGAGCCCCGAGAGAUAAUGCACCCACAAUAGGCUUCUCCCCUGCACCGAUCUUUAGCAAUCCUCAUGGGUAUCCCCUGUCUUGGAAGGAUUCUGGUUAUGGCACAAAUUGGCCAAAAUCAAGGAGCAGCAUGCAGACCUUCUCCAGGACUGGGACCCUCCCUUCUUACUUUCCCACACAACAGCGCGAUGCUGGUGGUGCUGAAUUACACAAACAGGGUCCAAAUAUUGUAACUGUGGCUACGGCAUUAGAGGUUGCAACUAUCUUUUAAAAACUGUGCUGAUGAGGUAUUUGGGAUGUUCCAGGAAGAUGUAAACAUUUGUAAAACUGGCUACUUCGAGAUGUGUUGUACAUAUUUUUGUUAAAAAAAGGAAUUGUUAAUAUAAAAUCUAUAUUAUGUUUAUUCAUGUUAUAUGUAUACU